AUGGAGACACCGGGCUGCCCGGCCUUCCCCCCGCCUCGCCGGGCCGGGGGUCCCCCGGGGCUCCCCCGGCCUCCCACCGCCUUCGCCCUCGGUCCACCGGGGCCCCACCGGCGGCCGCCGCCGCUCAGCCCCCGCCCCGGCCGCUGCCCGCCGCUCCGGGCACAGCCACGGUACCUGGGGGUGGCCAGCCCGGGCCCCCCCGCCGUGGCCGUGCAUGGGAAGCCCCUGUACCCGGCCGGGGCUGCAGGUGAGAAGGGCUGCAAAGGUGGGUUCCAGGCGAUUCCUGCAGCCUGCAGGGUCCCCCCAAAAGCCCCGGAGGACUUGGGGUGCCCACUGGCAGCACCCCUGGGCAGCCUCCGGGACUACGGGAUCCCCGAGCCCCUGAGCAAGAGCAAGAGCAAGAAGAGGAGGAACAGGACGACCUUCAGCACGUUCCAGCUGGAGGAGCUGGAGAAGGUUUUCCAGAAGACACAUUAUCCCGACGUCUACGCCCGGGAGCAGCUGGCACUGCGCACGGACCUGACCGAGGCCAGGGUACAGGUUUGGUUCCAGAACCGCCGGGCCAAGUGGCGGAAACGGGAACGUUACGGGAAAAUCCAGGAGCUGCAGAACAACCUGUGGCCGAGCCCUGGGAGCCCCCCGGGGCUGCUGCCCCCCGAGAGCAUCCCGUCCCCCUGCAUGUCCCCGUACCCCCCCGCUCCCAGCAACGGCUUCGUGGGCAUUCCCGCUUCCCCGGGCCCCCACCCCGGCAUCAACAGCCUCUACUCCCUGCACGGGCUGCCCCCCCCGGGCCUGGCCCCCCACCCCUUCGAGCCGCCCGCCCAGCACGACUACAAGGCGCCCACGCUGAUGCCACUGAGGAUGAAGAGCAAAGAGGGGCCCGGGAGCCUCCUGAACUGGGCCACAUGA